AGCCGUGCGCCCCGGGAAUGCCUGGGAAGCCGACGCGGAGCAGGUGCCGAAGGGGGCCGUCCCGCAAGCAUCGGAGCGACCCCAGCUCAGACAGCUCCCAUGCCCGGGAGCAGAGGGGGUGGGGCCGCCGAUUCUCUCGGUCUGCGGCGGCGGCGCACCCCGAAACCGCGUGUGCGCGCACGUGUCCCUGCGAUGAGGCGCGCGUGUGCCCGCCGAGGGUGCCAGCCGAGGCUGCCCUCCCCGGGACCCCACGAGCGAAGCCCGGACUGCAGCCGGGGGCGACUGUGAAGGCACCUCCGGCACCUCAGCUGAGUCAGUGAGUCAGCUGCCCCAGCACCCAGAACCUUUCAUCUAGGGGAUCUCCA